CUGAUGUUGAACCCACAUAGCUUUCCAUGGGUUCUGCUACAUCAACAUCCCCCAUCAACAUGCCCCCUCACUUGUUCACUCAGUCCGUCUCUGUCUCUCUCUUGCUCGCUGUCCUCCUUUGGCUGCAGGGUUGUCAGGCUGAAGACUACCACCUUUUGGGUUCAGUCCCCAUUAAUAUAACUGAAGAAUCAGACAUGGCAAGCACCAAAGGAGUCCCCAGGAUGGGGAAGAUGCUUAUUGAGCUGAUGACCCUACUGGGGGCUGUUGGCUUGAGCAACAGCGCCAUCCAAAGGCCUGACUAUGACGACACUGCGGCCCCCGAGUUCCUCAACCCCUCCUGGAUGGCGGACCUCCCGGACAGCCGCCCGCUGUCCGAGGUCACCAUGCCUGGCACCCACAACACCAUGGCCAUCUACGGCGGCGCCUUGGCCGAGUGCCAGUCCUGGAGCCUGGCGUCACAGUUGCGUGCCGGUGUGCGCUUCCUGGACGUUCGUGUGCGCCAUGUGCGUGGCAACCUCACCAUCCACCACGGCGUGUCUUACCAGCGGGCGCACUUCGGUGACGUGUUGGAGGGCGUGGCUGACUUCUUACGUGAGUACCCCAGCGAGAUGGUGCUGAUGCGGCUCAAGGAGGAGUUCAGUGAGACCUUUGACAUCUACGGGGCGGUGGUCAGCUACAUUCACCUUUACGCCGACUGGGACCUGCUGUGGCACAGUCGGCUCAUGCCAACUGUGGGACAGGCCAGAGGGAAGCUCAUUGUCCUCCAGGACUUUGGCGGACCUGACCUCGGCAUGCGCUACGGCUCCCUGGACAUUGCAGACGACUGGAAGGUCCCCACCCUUCUGCAUGUGGCUGAGAAAUGGCAAAGUGUGCACGAACACCUGGAGACUGCCCCUGUUGGCAACAAGGCCUAUAUCUUCCUCACCUAUGGCAGCGGAGCGGGCAUCUUUGCCUACCCCAACGCCAUCGCCCAGCGAAUCAAUGCCCGCCUGUACGACUACCUGAUGGCACUGAUAGGGCAGAACAGGCGCUUUGGAAUCAUCACCAUGGAUUUCCCCGCCUCUCCCCUCCUUCAAAUGAUCAUCAACUUCAACUGAGAGAGAGGUCCCUCAUCUACUAAGCCUGCUACCAUACAAUCAACAUAGAUACUCUCAAAUUAAAAUUGUUGGGUCACUACAUGAUGAUUGGGAGUCCAUUUUGGUCAUUGUAUGCUUAUUUUCACUAUACCUUGCUACUUAAGUAAGCAGUUGUUUAUUGGUGAGGUUCGUCAUCGUUCUUGACUUUCCAACAAGCGGGCAAAACUGCAAUGAUGUCAGACUGAUAUAUUUUCUGACGUCAUGGUCAGGUUG